AUGGCUCAGUUCUAUCAGUAUGGUUUCGUCGAACCGAACCGAACGUCCAUUUCGGAACCAAAAAUCCCCAAGGAACCCAUCCUCUAUCAGUAUAUUCCCCCAGGGCAAAAUGCUGCAGAACCUCCAGCUCCACCUCCUCCAAGCAAUACCUCAGCCACCCCGACAGUCCAUUUUGGCAUGACUCAACAGUUCUAUGGCUCAGUCCCCAUUGUACAGCGACCCGUCUCGUUUUAUUUAUCACAGCAGCAAGCUCACGUCCAGUAUGUUCCGCAGCCUCAAGCCUAUCAGCCCCCGGCCCGCAUGGCACCGGUGGCUCAAGCAUCUCCUGGAGCUGUUCCUUGGGUUGGUGCGACUCGAGCCGAGAUCGAUGCGCAAAACAUUGCUAUCGCAAAAGCCACUGGGGCAACGCGACCUCAGAGCAUGAUUCCAUACAAGCCGGCCGAUGGUCAGCAGUGGUGGUGUCGAGAAAUUGACGGUUCCUACACUCUUCGCACCACAAAUGAUAUCAUGGAGAAUCUGCAGCCUGGGAAAUGGGUUUAUUCGAGCACUGGGUUCCCAUACUUUGUUCGCCAGCCGGCUACUUAG